AUGUCACAACAAACUAAGAAUCUUCUUGUGAAGUUGAUCGUCGGAGCUGGCCAGGCUGCGCCUGCACCUCCAGUCGGUCCAGCCUUAGGUUCCAAGGGUGUAAGGGCCAUUGACUUCUGUAAGGAAUUCAACGCAAGAACUGCCAACUUCACUCCAGGAACUCCUAUUCCAUGUUUAUUAACUGUUAAGCCAGACAGAAGUUUCACUUUUGAAAUGAAGUCUCCACCAACCGCAUGGUUAAUUUUGAAGGCUGCUGGUGCUGAAAAGGGUGCUGCAAAGCCUAAACAUGACACUGUAGGAACUAUUUCCUUGAAGCAUGUCUAUGAAAUUGCCAAGAUUAAGCAAUCUGACGAAAGACACAAGGCCUUGGAUUUACAAAACAUUUGUCGUCAAGUGAUUCUGAACGCCGAAGUGGUGGGUGUCAAGGUUAUCCCAUAA